UAUGACCGCACCGUUCAGUCACCCUGUGCAUUCUGCAUUCGUGCCGGACAAGACUUGGUGAGACACCGAAUUUUUCCAAUUCUAAUUACAGUCGUGGAAGGGAAACUGAAAGCAGAGUGUUGUUCUUCUCGAAAUUAAACACGGUUCAGAUCUAGAGAAAGAUCCAUUUUCUCGAUGGAGAAAAUGGAGCAGUUCAUUGAUAACUUGCCGCCGAUGGAUCUGAUGCGAUCGGAGAAGAUGACCUUCGUUCAGCUCAUCAUCCCCGUCGAGUCCGCGCACCGCGCCAUCUCCUAUUUAGGUGAACUCGGCCUUCUCCAAUUCCGCGACUUAAAUGCUGAUAAAAGCCCCUUUCAGAGAACAUUUGUCAAUCAGGUAAAGCGAUGUGCAGAAAUGUCAAGAAAGCUUCGAUUCUUCAAGGAUCAAAUCAGUAAAGCUGGCCUAAUGUCUUCUUCUCGUACUGUAUUGCAACCAGAUAUAGACUUGGAGGAUUUAGAGAUACAACUUGCUGAACAUGAACAUGAGCUGAUCGAAAUGAACUCUAACAGUGACAAACUUCAGCAAUCAUAUAAUGAACUCCAGGAAUUCAAGAUUGUAUUACAAAAGGCAUGUGGUUUUCUUGUUUCCAAACAUAGCCUUGCGGUUUCAGAUGAAAGAGAACUACAAGAGAAUGUAUAUUCAAAUGAUGCCUAUGUUGAGACAGGAUCUUUGCUUGAACAGGAAAUGAGGCCUCAGUCAUCAAACUCGUCUGGUUUAAGAUUUAUCAGUGGGAUUAUUUGUAAAUCCAAGGUUCUUAGGUUUGAAAGGAUGUUGUUUCGUGCUACGAGAGGCAAUAUGCUUUUCAAUCAGGCACCGGAUGAUGAACUAAUCAUGGAUCCUGUUUCAGCCGAGAUGAUUGAAAAAACAGUGUUCGUUGUGUUUUUCUCUGGGGAACAGGCAAGAACCAAGAUUCUGAAAAUUUGUGAGGCAUUUGGUGCAAAUUGUUAUCCUGUUCCUGAAGAUAUUAGUAAGCAGAGGGAAAUAACUAGAGAGGUUUCAUCACGUCUUACGGACUUAGAGGCAACUUUGGAAGCUGGGAUUAGGCACCGGAACAAGGCUCUAGCUUCUGUUGCAGACCAUCUAGCAAAAUGGAUAAACAUGGUAAGAAGAGAGAAGGCUGUGUAUGAUACACUGAACAUGUUAAACUUUGAUGUCACAAAAAAAUGUCUUGUUGGAGAGGGCUGGUGUCCUCUGUUUGCAAAAACACAGAUGCAGGAGGUACUGCAACGUGCAACUUUUGAUAGCAAUUCUCAAGUUGGCAUAAUCUUCCAUCCAAUGGAUGCAGUGGAGUCACCACCUACAUAUUUUAGGACCAACACUUUCACAAAUCCAUAUCAAGAAAUUGUUGAUGCAUAUGGUGUUGCAAGAUACCAAGAAGCAAAUCCUGCAGUUUACACAACUAUUAUAUUCCCUUUCCUAUUUGCUUUGAUGUUUGGGGACUGGGGUCAUGGAAUUUGCCUAUUGCUAGGAGCAUUGGUUCUUAUAGCACGUCAAAACAAGCUCAGCACACAGAAACUUGGAAGCUUUAUGGAGAUGCUAUUUGGUGGGCGCUAUGUGCUUCUUCUAAUGGCACUGUUUUCAAUCUAUUGUGGCUUAAUCUACAAUGAAUUCUUUUCUGUUCCCUUUCACAUAUUUGGUGCAUCGGCUUACAAAUGCCGUGAUAGUUCAUGCAGGGAUGCACAUACUAUUGGGUUAAUCAAAUACCAAGAUCCAUACCCGUUUGGUGUGGAUCCCAGCUGGCGUGGAAGUCGAUCAGAAUUGUCUUUCCUAAACUCUUUGAAGAUGAAGAUGUCCAUUCUGUUUGGUGUGGCACAUAUGAACUUAGGAAUUAUAUUGAGUUAUUUUAAUGCUCAUUUCUUUCAAAACUCACUGGAUAUAAGGUACCAGUUUGUGCCACAGAUGAUUUUCCUUAACAGUCUAUUUGGGUAUCUUUCCGUUCUCAUUGUUAUCAAGUGGUGUACUGGCUCUCAAGCAGACCUUUAUCAUGUAAUGAUAUACAUGUUUUUAAGCCCCACAGACAAUCUUGGCGAGAAUCAGUUGUUCUGGGGCCAAAGACCUCUUCAAAUUGUGUUAUUGCUUUUGGCUGUAAUUGCAGUUCCGUGGAUGCUCUUUCCAAAACCUUUUAUACUAAAAAAGCUUCAUACUGAGAGGUUUCAAGGUCGUAGUUAUGGUAUACUGAAUACCUCUGAGGUGGAUCUUGAGGCUGAACCUGAUUCUGCCAGACAACAUCAUGAAGAAUUCAAUUUCAGUGAGGUCUUUGUUCACCAAAUGAUCCACGCCAUUGAAUUUGUUCUAGGUUCAGUUUCUAAUACAGCAUCAUAUCUUCGUCUUUGGGCACUAAGUUUGGCUCACUCAGAACUUUCUACUGUUUUCUAUGAGAAAGUCCUGCUUCUUGCUUGGGGGUAUGACAAUCUUGUCAUUCGGUUGAUAGGGCUAACCGUUUUUGCCUUUGCAACUGCCUUUAUACUACUAAUGAUGGAGAGUCUUAGUGCUUUUCUUCAUGCCCUGAGGCUUCACUGGGUAGAAUUUCAAAAUAAAUUCUACCAUGGUGAUGGCUACAAGUUCAGGCCUUUUUCAUUUGCCUCCUUAACAGAGGAUGACGAUUGAUCCAUUCAUAUGUAUGGUUUCAUGGCAACUAUAUAGAAAGGAUAUUUCCACAAGUGAAGGGAGCAUAAAAUGAGAAUUUGUAGUGUCGGAACCAAAUUUGGCGGCUAUGGUUGUUAGGUUUGCUUGAUGAUAUUCUGCUUGAUAUUGACCUGGCAACAAAAAGUUCCUGCUCAUUUUCCCAUGGCUACGGGGUUGUAAGAAGAUCACACUGCCGAUGAUCAUGGAAGGUAUCUAACAGAAUAUUUGCUUUAUAGUUAUUUUUUGUUAUUUUUCUUUUGCUUAGAAUAGGAAACGGAAGAGCUAAGGGAAGGGACUGUUUAGAGUAAUUUUUGUAAAGAGGAGCAGGGAUCCAUCAGAGUGUAGCUAUUGGAUUUUGGUUCUUUGGGGUUACAUACAUAUAUAUACAUGAUGUAGGGCAGGUUUUGCUGGGAAAUAACCAAUCUUCUGAAAUUUUCUUGUAUUGAUAGAUGACAAGUUAUAGAGCCCCAAUUUUUUUUUGUUAAGGAUUGAUCAAAGUAAAUACAGACAUCUGAAGUUGAAUAAUGUCAUCUGUAUAAUGCUUGUGUAAUGCCCAGUUGGCAACUUACAAUUUGAAAUGUUACUUCCACCAUCCCCCAAGUUGAAUAAAAUGCAGAGAUAUUUGUUUUAAUUA